AUUAUUAUUCAUCAAGAUACAAACAGUACAAAUACUCAAACAGUACAUCCUUAAAAAUAAUCCCUGGACCAUACAGUGAUUAAUAACAUUAGAGAAUAAAAUCCAAAAUAGUAUUGCGAGUCACCACAAAAACUGUAUAGGUGUCUGAUUAAAUUUUUUUGGCGUGAAGUUUAUGGUGUAGACUAAAAUGCACCGUUUAGGCUUUUCUAGAUUGAUAGCUCAUUUACUUGGCGUUUUCUUAACCAUUUAAAAUCUGGCCAGGUAGUUUGCACGCUUUCUCUUUGAAGUCAAAAGCUCUCCGGUACAGUAGGUGGCGGAAACGCACUUUAAAAACGUGGUAGUCGCCGCCGCUCGAGAUGUUGAUCCUGGAAGUGCUUCGCUGGUUAUUUACAGCAGAAGAACGGGGAUGUUCUGUGCGAGUGUCGUGCGUUUCUUUCAGCGUUUUGCUUUGGAUCCUGGUUCGUUCCUAAAAUGGUGCACGAGCGUGCAUUUCCAGGAUGCAAGAACUUAAAGAAAAAAUUGCGUAAGAGUGCGUUCGCGAGCUUUGCAGUGAAGCCUUGGCUUAAUAUUUAUCGGAAUAUUACGUUCUCUCUUCGCUACUUCAGGCAUAUGAAGUGGUGCGGUGAACAUUUUUCACAAGACGAUCUCAGAGCAGAUCAGGGAAAGGCACGACGAGCUUUUACGAAUACAGCCGUGCCUGAUAUUUAUUUACCAAAAAGGAGACUUUGAGUGAUACAUCACCGAUCAGCCAGGACUCUUAUUCAGAAGAGGAAAUGGAUCACUGUUACGCGCUAACCGCAGAGCUUCAAACUCUGCCAAAGAAGCGAAGGAAGUCCGACGUUAAGAAGAGAGAAAGAGACAGGCUGAGGCAGAAAAACAGAGUAAACAUCGGCGUGGCUUAUUCCAGAUGGAAAGCGCUGAAAGCGGAGAAGGGCAUGAAGAACGACGCGGAGGUUGCUUGUUAUCUGCUGGACAGGGUGUGUGGUGGGCAUCUUUCGCAAGAGAAGUCUCAGAGAAAGAGAGGAAGACCCCGGAAAUCAGCAUUCGCAUCUACAACAAAAACCGAGGAGACUCUGAGGGAUUCCCCUCAGCCCAGAUGGGACUCCCAGUCAGACUCUGAAUCCGUGCCGAGUCCAGAUCCCCAGCCCACAAACGUUGAGGUCCUUGGGAUCUGCUAUGAUCUUCCUCCCUUUCAGCCAUAUCAACCAGAUAAAGAACCAAAGCCUGAACGACUAAUAGAGGAUGGAUUUGACCCAGAUGUCAGGAUGGGUUACACAGAGGAGCAAAACGGUACGAUGGAGAACGGCACAGCUCCAGAGGAAGACGGCGCAGUGCACUGGGAGGAAAGAAAGGAUGAACUCGCACGGACCGCCCUGCGAUUGGAGGAACGUUUAAACGCCAUGAGAUCUUUGUCUGAUGCCGCUUCAGAUCCCAUUUCGGCGACAAGAGGAACAGUAGAUCGGAACGAAAAAAAAUGGACGGUCAAUAAAUCCAGGUUGACGGGACUGUUCAGAACCUGCCAUCAGUGUGGCGAGCCGGUUCUGGAAUUUAAAACUUUAACAUCCGGGAGUCUGAUUCGGAUUCAGUGGGAAUGCUCAAAAGGACAUCUCAUGUGGCUUUUCCCCAACCACAACCCGACAUGACCCACUGAAAUCAGACCGGGAUGAAUGUACUGCAGUGCAUCUAGAUUUAUUGAAAUGCGAAUAAAGUCAGGUUUUUGGGGGUU